UUGCUCUGCUGUAAUGGCGUAAAUCUGACAGUAGGAUUUACCACCUCCGGCUGGUGACGCAACCGAGUCUGCAGUUUACUCUGUGGUUUUUCAGCCGUAGCUGCUAACUAGAACUGAGCCUGGUGUUUAAACAUGCGUUGAUUUUACAGCCGGGAGGGUUGAAGGACAGAGAUGGCGGUGUGUGCACUGACCAUGUUAGAGGGGGUGGAGGAUGAAGUGGUGGCCGCAGGCGGCGCGCUGCUCCUGGCCCUGGCCCUGGUCCUGGCUUGGCUUUCGACCCACGUGGCAGAUCGGGGGGACCACAUAUUAGGCACUAUCCUCACAGUGGGAGCUCAUGCCUCUUUAAUAGGACUGGGAGCCCAUGAUAACUACAGCGGAGGGCCCAAUGGCGCAGACGCCCCCGAGCAGCAGGCCGCUCAAUCUUCACAGGAGAACAAGCCCGAUGAUGGGGAGCCUGCAAAUGAGAGAGGAGAGGGUGAUGGGGACGGGGCUGAGGACGUCUGGACUGACCUGCGGCUGGACAUACGGAGCAAACAACCUCAGGGUGGAACGCUGCAUUCUUCUGAUGGAGAGGAGGAUGAAGCUGAUGAGGAGAAUGAUGAUGAGGAAGAGGAGUUGAAAGGGGCAGAAAAACAGCCUGUAAAGGCCAUUCAGUGUUUGAGCAGCACCAUCCCCUGUGCUUCCACUCCCACUUCUAUCUCCAUCCGGCUGAAGUUUUUAAACGACACAGAGGAGGUUGCUGUUGUAGAACCAGAUGAUACUGUGGGAAUACUGAAAAGCAAAUGUUUUUCAGGACGAGAGCAUCAGGUUAAAUUAAUCUACCAAGGCCAGUUGCUGCAGGAUCCCAAGACGACGCUGUUUUCUUUAAACAUUACUGACAACAGCGUGAUCCACUGCCACAUCUCCCAAGCCGUGCAAGGGCCCAACCCAGAGGAAGGGGCUCAGUCUGGAGCAGGAAUAGGAGUCGGGCCAGGGGUUUCUGGAGGAUUCAGGGCUGCCAGUGUGGCCAUCAGCACCAGUAGCCUGGUGGUGCCUGUGUUUGUGGUGAUCCUGGCUGUGGUGUGGUACUUUCGCAUCAACUACAGGCAGUUCUUCACCGCCCCGGCGACCAUCUCACUCGUUGGAGUCACUUUGUUUUUUAGCUUUCUGAUUUUUGGAAUGCACAGCCGCUGAGAAGGCAGGCACGGCUCGCAGUUCCUGCUCAAUAUUAAAUGAAAUAAAAAUUACUGAAGCCCUGGGAUGGGGACUGGAGAGAUGGACUCAUUAAAAACAAAGUGGCUUGAUACCAAUGCUGCAGAUGCUUAAUGAGUGUUUGGGGGGCCAAGAACCAAGAGACUAUGGUUCAAGUACAGUGACAGAAUUUAACUGGAGCAUUAUUUAGCAUCUGACACCACGAGUCAAACAAUCUGGCUUCAUCUUGUCUCGUGUUUUGUUGGUAGAUUUAUGGAUAUCUUGUAUGUUACUCUUAUUUUCAAAGAAAAAGUUGGGUUUGAAGAAAAAUGUAACCUGUAAAACACUGCUACGCUUUACCAGUUUGACUCAUGUUACUGUAUUAGAAUGAGUAAGGCAUCCUGUGAGGCCAAGACAUUUCUUUCUGUUGCUUUGCAUCAAUACCUUAAUCACCUGCUAGACAUUAAAUCUUUUGAAGAGACUGUAAAUACAUUGUAUUUUCUGUAAAUAAAAUAGAAUACAUCUGAUGAAACUACAUUUGGCACUUACAGACUCACAGUGGGACAUUCCUCCUGAUUAAUACUGGACUUGUCUUGUUUCAGCUGUAUCUAGAAUUAAAACAUUUCCAUCCAA